AUGUUUUUGAAAAUUCUGAUUUUCGCGCAAAUCUUUUUGAUUUCCCGAAUCCACGCGGCAAUUUGCUAUACGUGUUACGGUAACUCGACAGCCGCCGGAAAAUUUUGCUCAAUCGAUAAAUUGUGCACUGGCACUUCGUGCUAUUUUAGUGAGUUUUAGGGGAGGUUAACGAUGUUUAGGGCUUUUGUUUGAUACCCAACAAGCCUAUGAUUAGUCUUGAUCAAUUUUUAAGAACCUUAAGGUCCCUUAGUACUUAUUAGGUAUCCAUCGAAAGCCCAGAACUUCUAGAUCUCGAAUUUUUGCAGAUCUAAACUCGGACGAUUCCUGGGAAGCUGGUUGCUCCUCAACUCUCUCUUCAAAUUCCAACAUCACUUGCGCCACCGAUUCAACCUGUUCCUGCAACUCCGAUUUCUGUAACUCGCUCAAAAAAUCCCAAACCGCGCUAACUACCGUAUCCACCAAAUCCACGUGGCAUCUAUUUAGCGCUAAGCAAACAUCGACAACCACAACUACCGUAUCCCUAACACUCCCUAAUAAGACCUUAGUGUAUUGCGAGGAGUGUGGAAGUGUUACGGUGGGAAAUGAGACGCUCGACUUGCCGUGCGAUCAUGAUCAUACUUGUCAGGGGAAUUUUUGUGUGGCUGGUAAGGGCCUUAAGGUAGUUAAGGUAGAAAAAAAACAUUUUUAGUACGCGGCCCGACUCCUUAUUCGUAUUGUGGUGGAACUUGGGAUGAAACUCGAGAGGUGAGAUUUUUGAGACUUUAAUGACCUUAAGAUGACCUUAUAUACCUUAAGGACAUUAAACUAAAGUUUUAGGAACUAUUGGGAAUAUGAGUAUCAAACAGAAGCCUGAAGAUUUCUGUUGUAUUACUCUAAAAGUACCUUAGAGACCUUAAAGCUUCAAAAUCCUACUAGAGUUGGGUGUCUAACGAAAGCUCUUAACCUGUAGAUCUCGAAAAUUAAAAGUAUUUCCAGCCUGGAUGUUAUUUCAACGAAACACAACCCGAAAAAUGCAUUUGCUCAAUGAAUAUGUGCAAUUCACUAUUGGAUCCGGCUCCAAUUUACACUACUACAGCUUCCGGAGCUCUGGCUGAUGGUCUGAAAUUUCUAUCUGAAACUUCCAGCGAAAUAUGAAAUUUUCAGCAACCGUGGCUCCUUUGGUUUUGGUGGAUGACGUGCAGACUGCAACUGAAAAAACGGCGACGACGAGUAGGUGGAAUUGAACUUGUGGCUUUUCACUUGGCAGGCUGACCUUUUACCAACUGCGCCAUCUGUGCAAGAUUUUGGAAUUUGAUGAAAAUACCUUUUUUCGACGCAAAAUUUUACGCUGAUUUUUGCUAUGAUAUUUAUUUUCCAUGAUUUUCAAAGUUGUCGGAGUUAGGCUAUAUCGAAUUUUUGUCAGAAAUAAAUAGCAUAGCGAGAUUCAGCGCAAAAUUCUGCGUUGAAUGAUGGUCUUUUUAUAGAAAACUGAAGAUUUUGCACGAAUGGCGCAGCUGGUAAAAGGUCAGCCUGUGAAGUGAAAGGUCACAGGUUCGAUCCCGCUUGUGAACGUUUCAAUUUUUUCCAGCUAGAAAAUGCAAAAAAUCCACAAAACUAUCGCCAAAUGAUCAAGCGGUGGCAGCCGGUGAGAAAUUGAAAAAUGUGAUUGUCAGUGGAUUCGGAUCGGAAGAUGAGUCUGUUCAGGUAGGGAGUACUGUAGGCGCCUUUGAAUAUUUUUUUUUAGAAUUUCGGUAGCGAUAUGGAUGACGUCAUUUGCAGUUAUUCAGAUGAUUCGGAGGAUUCUUAA